AUGCCGACAAAGAGUCUAUUACUUGUCUUUAUCCACGGCUUCAAAGGAGGGGACCACACAUUUGAUGGUAAACAACUUCCUGCCACUGGUCGUGAAAACGUUGCUCAACAAUUACGGUANGGCUUUCCGGAUCACUUCAGAACUCUUGUGCAGAACGCUUUACCAAAGAUAAACGUUCUGUCCAUCGUAUAUCCCAAGUUCGAGACACAAGGCGAUCUGUACGAAUGCGUGGCCAAGUUUCACGGAUGGUUACUCGACAAGUGCAUCGAUCUCGAAGUCGCAAAUGGUACCCCAUCGCCAACUGUCGACCCUUCGGUCAGAGUCGUUCUUGUCGGCCACUCCAUGGGCGGUAUUGUAGCGGCAGAGACAUUGCUAAGCAUUGCUCGCGAUCAACCUGUACCCUCGAGUCGCACCUUCUCAUCCACUCAAGACGACUCAGGAAUCGGCAACAAGACCACUUCAAACCCAACAUCUGUGAAUAACAGUACAGUCAACCUGGCAGUUCCCGAAUCACAACCCAGAUCUUCAUCUGCGCCUCCCCAAGAGAAGCCUCCGAUCCCCUCUCAAGACACGGAUCCAGCAAAAGCUCCUGAAUUUUUGUUCCCUUACAUUCAGGCCGUGCUUGCUUUCGAUACGCCCUAUCUAGGUAUCCAUCCUGGUGUCGUAGCUCAUGGUGCUGAGGAACAGUACAAUACAGCAUCCGCCGCCAUGAACGCCUACAACCAAGCCUCUCAGCUCUUCGGCCUCGGAAAGUCACCCAGUAAACCAGUCCCUCCAACAAAGGUUCCCGCAGGUGCUCUUCCACCCCCAGAAGCCGGUGGCUGNGGGAAAUGGGGCAAGUAUGCCAUGUUUGCGGGUGGCGCUGCAGCCUUAGCAGCAGCUGGCGGUGCAGUAUGGCAGAAUCGUGAGCACAUCUCCAAAGGCUGGGCAUGGGCAGGGGGCCAUCUCGAAUUCGUUGGCUGUCUAGCCCGUGGUGCUGACCUGACCAAACGUAUCGAAAGCGUAGCCGCCCUCAGUUCUUCCCACAAGAUCGGGUUCGCCGACUUUUACACGUGCCUCGACACACACAAGCAAGGCAAGACGUACUAUUCUGAGCAACUGCUGGGCGAGGAAAGAACUUUCUGCGUAGUGCCAAAAGAGGCAAAGGAACAACGAGGUGAAUCACCGCUCAAAAAGCGCAAGACAAGCAACGUCGUGGACAAGAAGCUGAAAAGUAAAGGCACCUGGGUCAAAUGCAUCAACGAGAAAGCGAGCAACGAGAUCAGCGCUCACGUUGCCAUGUUCACGCCAAAAGACAAUCCUGAUUACUACGCCAUGGCCGAUAGAGCAAAGGUUGUUUUGGUAAAGGCGGUGGACAUGGACUGGUAUUCGACAAGUUCGCCAACUCCUGAGCCUGAGCCCGAGCCCGAACCCGAGAAGCAGAAUCAGUCAGGUGCCGAACCCACGCAGGCUUGA